CCAGUGAGAUUGCAAACUGAUCUCUUGUGCAGGAAUUUGUAGUUCAGCUGAAGAGUUUCUAGGCUCUACAAGUUGGCCCAUCUCUCCUUUGCAGAGGUGGGUUUCAGCAGGUUCUGGAGAACCGGUAGCAGAAAUUUUGAGUAGUUCGGAGAACCGGUAGUAAAAAUUCUGACUGGCCCCGUCCCCAUCUAUUCUCUGCCUCCCGAGUCCCAGCUGAUCGGGAGGAAAUGUGGAUUUUGCAGUAACCUUCCCCUGCCACGCCCACCAAGCCACGCCCACAGAACCGGUAGUCAAAAUUUUGAAACCCACCACUGCUCCUUUGGGAUGUCCCGGCCACAGCAAUUCAGCUUCCCCUCAUUGGAGGUAGUUCUAGGCAUUAGAAAGAAAAGGAAGAGGUGGCUUAAGGAGCAGGAAGAUACAGAUCUCUCCGUUCAUCCUGCUACCUGUCGCGGCUUCAGGAUCAUGGCCUCAAAGCCACAGCAGCAACAGCAACCGACGCAGCCGCAGCCCAAUUCCUUGCCCGCCUACGAGACCUUGAAGUUGGAAAGGGUCCGCGAGAAAGUGCUGCAUGUGGAGCUCAACCGCCCCGAGAAAAGGAACGCCAUGAAUACGGCCUUUUGGAGAGAGAUGGUCGAAUGCUUCAACAACAUUGGCCAGGACUCUGAAUGCCGCGCAGUGGUGAUAUCGGGCGCUGGGAAAUUGUUCACUUCAGGCAUUGACCUCAUGGAGAUGGGCAGCGUUUUCCUGAUGGCGGAAGGUGACGACGUGGCUCGGAAGGCUUGGAACAUCCGCAAGAUGAUCCGAGACUACCAAGAGUCCUUCACGGUCCUGGAGAAGUGUCCCAAACCCGUCAUCGCGGCCGUUCACGGGGCCUGCAUCGGAGGAGGUGUGGAUCUCAUAACGGCCUGCGAUAUUCGCUACUGCACCCAGGACGCUUGGUUCCAGGUGAAGGAAGUGGAUAUUGGGCUGGCAGCCGACGUUGGCACAUUGCAGCGUUUGCCACGGAUCAUUGGAAAUCGGAGCCUAGUGAACGAACUGGCUUUCACUGCCAGAAAACUGAUGGCUCCAGAAGCAGAGAGCUGCGGCCUUGUCAGCCGUGUCUUCCGAGAUCACGAGACGAUGCUGCAGAGCGCCUUUGAUUUGGCCACCGAAAUUGCCAGCAAGAGUCCCAUCGCGGUGCAGGGGACAAAAUUGAACCUCGUUUACGCCAGAGAUCAUUCGGUGCCCGAUAGCUUGAAAUACAUGACUCUCCCUUACCAUCAACCUGUCCCUGGCGGACUCCGUCCUGGCAUGUCUGUCUAUGUGCAAGGCACGGUGCCCAAACACACCAAAAGAUUCCGGGUGAACUUUGCCUGUGGCCAGCACGAGGGAGCCGACAUUCCCCUCCACUUCAACCCUCGCUUUGAUGGGAAGGACAAAACUGUACUCAACACGCUUCAGUCUGGCAGGUGGGGACACGAAGAGGUUUACAAGAUGCCCUUCCGGAAGGGUGAGCAUUUUGAGGUCAUCUUCAUCGUCAAUGACGUUGGAUACCAGAUCCUGGUGAACAGAAACCCCUUCUGUAGCUACGGGCACAGAAUGCCCCCCCAAAGCGUGCAGGUGGUGAGCGCUGAUGGAGACCUGGAGCUGCAAUCUCUGACCGUGAUGGGAGGACAAAUGAUGGGGAACAUGGAUAUGAUGCCAAACCCUGGAUAUGGGCCACCACAAAAUCUUCCUAUGAUGCAGUCCCCUGCAGUCUAUCACCCAACGGUGCCCUACACAGGCAACAUCUCUGGAGGUUUGGGAGCCAAGAGGACCAUCGUAGUACGAGGCUCCCUUCCGAUGAACUUCCAAAGGUUCCACAUUGAUCUUAAGGCUGGCCAGGAUAUCGCUCUGCACAUCAAUCCACGCAUGCAAGAACAAACGGUAGUGCGCAACAGUUUUCUGAAUGGCAAAUGGGGUCCUGAGGAACGGGAGGUGCCCUUUAACCCUUUCCAACCUGGACAGUACUUUGAGCUCUCAAUCCGCUGCGGCAACCACCGAUUCAAGGUUUAUGUCAACGGCCAGCCUUUCUUCAACUACGCCCAUCGUUACCACAAUUUCCCACAGAUCAACACCCUGCAGAUCAAUGGAGACCUGGUCCUCUCUUAUAUCCAAUGCUGAGCAUGGGUGGUGGGAGCGGGGAGAGGGCAGCACUAGCAGAGACCCUCCAUUUUUCUCUUUUGAGGUCUGCCAGGAGACUCCGUGUCCUG